UUAAUUCAACACAUUAAUUAAAAUCAUGUCACAAACAAAAAUCAACAUCAAAAACGAAUCUUCCGUCCCUAUUCUUAAACGUGAUGGAUUUGGAACAAAGGGACGAGUCGUUACAGUGAAGGCCAAUAGUUUCGAAGUGACAAAAAUCUCAAAAUACGACGAAUUCCUUAAGUAUACUCUUGAGAUCAAACCAAUUGAUGCCGAAAAGAAUAUUGAAGCUGACAUCAAGCGUGAAAGAUCAGAUUAUGGAAAGAGUAUUCGACGCAGGAUUCUUAAAGAACUUAGCCUUAAAAAGGGAGAAUGGUUCCAAAAUGUUGUUAUUGCAUAUGAUGGUGGUACUACUCUUUUCACAACUGACCGUCUAGGAUUUGACAAAGAGACCGAAACAAAACCAGUUGUUAUAGAAAUUAUUAUUCUUAAAGAUCUUCAUAAUAUUAAUGGCAAGUCCACUCAAUACAGUGUACAGAUUAGCCGAACAGAUACUGUCGUCAAGUUAACACAGUUAGAGAAGUAUAUUAGUGGAGAAGAGUUUGAGUGGGAUUUUUUCAGCGACGAUUCCCUUGACGUCCUCAACGCUCUGAUCCAUCAAAGAGCGGGAGAAAAGUUCAUUAAAUCCGGUAAAAGUUCAAUUUACAACAAAGGAAACAAGACAAAAAUUACUGGUGGUAUUGAGUUGUGGUCUGGAUGGUUCUCGACCGUGAGACCAGGUCAAGAAAGCUUGUUCGUUAAUGUGAACCCUACAUUUACCACUUUUUAUCAGCCAUUGAGACUAGAUGAAUUUCUUCUCCAAUAUCUUUAUCCAAAAUAUCAAAACCUUCCUGACGAAUUUAGUGAUUAUCAGCUGAAAGACAUUAACGAAAUACUCAAAGGCCUGCUUGUUUGUCCUCUACACCUGGAAUCUGUACACACUGAGAGACGCAUUAAAAAGCUCCUACCUGCUACCAAAGUAGCACAUUUCGAAUAUAAACCAAUGACAGAUUCGGAAGAAACAUUUCCGCUUGAAAAGUACUUCGAGGACAAAUAUCAGCACCGAGAGACAAAAAAGCUCUUUGUCGAAAUAAUGAGUGAAGAGGGUACGCAUGUCGCCUGGCCAAUUGAGUUUUGCCAAAUUACUGAGGGGCAGCGUUACAAAACCAACAAGUUGACCGGAAAACAGCGAGCAGAAAUCAUUUCGGCUGCUAAGAUGAAACCUUACGAGCAUGAAAAAGAAACAAUCAAAGGCGCCCACGAAAUCUUACAGCUUCAUAAAAACCCAACUGGGGUUGGUAUGGAAGUUGCGUCUCAUUUAGCCGAAGUCGAUGCACAUGUGCUUGAAUCUACAGCUGUUGAAUAUGCAGAAAACGUUACAAUUCCCGCAAAUAAUGGAAAAUGGAAUCUCAAAAACGUUAAGUUUGUUAAAAGUGGGGAAAUGCUCGCCUUCUGGCAGGUCGUUGUCUUUGAACAACAAGAAAAACGGAUAUCCGAGGAAGAUGUUUACAGUUUUAUUGAAAAACUCAUAACACAAUGCAAAAUACAAGGGAUGAAUAUUACAAAAAAUAUUCCACAUAUCCAAUAUGUCCAAUAUCAUAAAGAUGAUUUAGACAAGGUCAUUAAAUCAACCUAUGAAGAUGCAAAAAAAACACUCAACAGACCACCACAAAUGAUGCUCUUUAUUAUUCCUGGAGAUAAGAUCCAAAGUACCAACACCAAACUUUACGAAACUAUCAAGCGCGUUAUGGAUACUGAGAUUGGCUGUCUCACUCAAUGUGUAAGUGUAAAUUCCAACUAUAAGAAACUUUUUAAUAAUUUGCAAUACUGUGCCAACCUCACCAUGAAGAUGAACCUUAAGCUUGGUGGUGUAAAUUCGGUUCUGCCCGAAAAAAAAAUUGGUCUUCCCAGUGGUGAAGAUGUCCUCUUACUUGGUGCUGAUGUAACUCACCCUAAAGACAAAAAUGGUUGUUCAAUUUGUUCUGUUGUCGGCUCACUUGAUAAUCGAGCCACUCGUUUCAUUACAAAAUAUCAAGUUCAAGAGCGCUCCGGCAGGGAGGAGAUUAUUAAUAUUGACAAAAUGAUAAAGGAAGUGUUGGAAGACUAUUGCAACUACAAGAAGAAUAAAAAAGGAAAUGUCAAAAAUACAGUGGCGUCGCUUCUUCCGCCAUGUAUUAUUAUGUAUCGUGAUGGUGUUAGUGAAUCCCAGUUUGAACGAGUACUCAAAUGGGAACUUCUCAAGAUUAAAGAAGCAUGUGCCGAGUUCCAAGCAGGCUAUCAACCAAAGAUCACUUUCGCAGUCGUUGGCAAACGUCACCAUACGAGACUGUUUCCUGGAAAUCCUAAGGAGGCUGAUAAAAAUGGCAAUUGUCUCGUUGGAACAGUUGUUGACAGGAAGAUCACUCAUCCCACACUUAAUGACUUUUACCUCCAGUCACACUAUACACAUCAAGGAAUGGCACGUCCUUCUCAUUACACCAUUCUUUAUGACGAUAUCAAAUUAACAACGGAUGAGUUUCAAUGUUUAAGCAAUGCAUUAUGCUAUAACUUUCAGCGCACCACAUCUAGUGUAAGCAUUCCGUCACCCACAUAUUAUGCACAUCUGAUUUGUGCCCGGGCGAGAAUGUAUUUGAAUGAUGACAUGAAAUUGCCAAAAGUACACCCAAAUCUCGAAAAAUACCCUAUGUAUUUUAUGUAAAAAGUAACGCAUGGAUCAUGCUGACCUGUCAAAAAUUUUUAGUUCUAGAUAUUAGAUUUCGUCAUUUACUUUUGUUAAAUAAUAUUUUUGUAACGAUAAUCUUCAUAAUAUGGAAAUGAAUAGACAGAAAUUUGCUAAAAUUGUUGAAAAUAAUAAAAUUUAUGAAAUUUAAGUUGUAUUUAACAACAAACUUCUUACUUUAUAUGGCUGGACCCUUUGCAAUAGAAAGGAGGAAACUUCCAGAAAAAACUGAAUUUACUUUGUAUGCUAAAUGAAUUUUAGGCUGGAAAAAACAUUCAACAUUAACCUAGAAGGUUCCCUGAUAAUUUCCUCUUUCUAUUGAAAAGGACCCAACUAUAACGAUAAUACAAUAAAGAGAAA